GUUUACUUCACUAUAUGCCAUGUAGUACCAAGCAAAUGCAUUGUAGUUGUUUGCCAAUUUCGUUGGCAUGAGGAUACUUCGCCGGUUGUUCUUGUAAAGAAAUUUUAAUUGAAGGAAAUGGAUACAGAAAAGAAGGGAAAACAAUUUUGGUAUAGGUUUCAGGGUCACGUAUAUGGAGAUGAAGAAUUGAAGACGUAUGAUAAACAAAGGGAAAGAUCCUCAGAAAUUGAGCCGUUAACUAAGUUAACACCUUAUUUGGAUUCCUUAAAUGUACCAAGGAAAUCCGAAGAGAUCAGGAAAAAAUAUCAGAAUGAAGAACCAAGUUUGAUUUUACAUAUUCACAAGUAUCAUUUUCGAUUUGAACAACAAGACGGAGCAUUCACAUACAACGGACCGGUGAAGACUAUCCUACAUUACAUACGAAUGGAGUUAAUACCACCGGAUUGUCUUGAAGUUUUUCAAAACUCGAAUAUUAAAUUUUACGAUGGCUGCUUAACUGUUCGGAUCAUUGAUCAUCGACACAGCACUUCCAAUGAUUCGAAUCAAUCACAACCAUCUAACGCUGCCUUAUCCUCCAAAGCUCCUCCUCCACCACCUUCUUCUUCUUCUUCCUUACCUACGAAAAGUGCAACAAAUGCAGAAACGACUAUGCAGCCUGCGGUGCCUGCUUCCACGCAAGAGUCCCCGUCUCCACCAGUUCAUUACACAGUGCUGCGUCCUACACCCGAAACACUUUAUCAGGAUUUGUGUCUAUUGAACGAAAGCUUAGCAGGACAGCUAUCAGAUGAAAAUGUUUUGGAUUUGGAAUCGAAAAUAUUGGUUGCUUCUGAGCCUCCUCUGAUUUUAACUCCUGCUACCUCAAAAUAUCAGAUGGUCCAUAUUUUAAACGAGUUGGCUGAUGCUCCUCCACCAUUGAAAAGGAAACGCCAACAAGGAUCUGCUCAACUGGCAGGUGAAGAAGCCGAACGACUUGAAAAAGAAAACCUGCUUUUGCUAAUGGAUGACCAGAGGAAUCAUGAUUUCCAGCCUACUUUCCAAAGAUUACAAUUUAUAGAGAAUGUCCGAAGAAAGCGUGCCAUUUUACAGCAGCGUCAGCAAUUGCAGCAACAACAGCAGCAAGUUACCCGACAGGAUGCUGCUACGUCUCAGAUCUCUAGACAACAACUGCAACAGCAGCAGCAACAACAACUUCAACAACAACAAAUGAGACAAAGACGAGCCACACCGAAAACUCAGCGUCAAGCACCUCCUCCCAAUAUCCAGAUCCCCCCUGUCCAACCAUCCAUGCAAAAGCCAGCAAUUCCAGCGAGUAUUCCUCCCUCAGUAGCGCAAAAACCACCUACUGGUCCUUUACCCUCUUCGGCCGCAGUCCCGCCAACAAAUCCGCCUGCUGUCAAGCGGGAACAGGUCAUGGAUAUGAAUCGUAUUCGACAGCUAGCUAUCCUAUUUCAACAAAAAGCUGCUCAAAUGAAGGCACGGGGAAUGAGUCGAGAACAAAUCACUGAAUUACUAAAUCAGCAGGCAGCUGUAGCUGGAACUGAUUUGCCCACUAUAAUGACAGUCGCCAGGAACAUACACUUACAACAUCUUCAAAUACAACAGCAACAACAACAGCGGCAAAUGAAAACUGAACGACCUUGAAAUGCUUUUUGGCGAUUUGGUGGUGAUCGGUGAAAAUACAUAAAAAGUAAUUUGUAUUUAAUUGUACAUAUUUUAAUAUUUUUCUAAAGAAUAAUGAAUGUAUAUAUCUUUCUGAC